AUGGUCGUUGCCAAGUGCCCCUUGGGUGGCCACUGGUCUGACUUCGAGGUUCAGCCGUACGGGCCUCUCCAGCUCGAGCCUGCCACGACAGCACUGAACUACGGCCAGUCCAUCUUCGAGGGGCUGAAGGCCUUCCGGACCAGCAAAGGCAGGAUCGUCCUCUUCCGGCCAGACAGGAAUGCCGAGCGCAUGGCAGGAGGCGCAGAGAGGUUCCUGAUGCCCCCAGUGCCCCGGGACCUCUUCAUGCAGAUGUGCCGGGAUGCCGUCCGUGCCAAUGCGGACUGGGUGCCUCCAACAGGCAAGGGCUCUUUGUACAUGCGACCCCUUCUCUUUGGCAGCGGACCUGCGCUGGGAGUGGGGCCGAGCCCCGAGUUCACCUUCGUCAUCUACGUGGCGCCGGUGGGGAGCUACUUCUCCGGCAGCGGAGCACGGCUGCGGAUCGAGCGAGGCCACCACCGGGCGGCCGAGCUCGGCGUUGGAGACGUGAAGGCUGCAGGCAACUACGCGCCUUGUUUCAGCCCACAGAAGGAUGCCAAAGCGGCAGAUCGGCCUCUAGCUCUCUCGCUCGACCCCGCCAUGCGCCGCCUCGCCGCGGCAUGGCGACCUCGGCUCCUUUCAAGGAGCCUUGCGGCGGAGGCGGAGGCCGGCGAAAUCGUGGAGGUGCCCACUGAGACGCUUACAACAUUGGACCGGUACGGCAGGGGAGAUCGGGUGGUAAAGCUCUCGUUGAGCGGAACCAAGUUCCUGACACUGCGCUCGACACUUGCGCACAGCGCGGUGCUGGACAGCAUCGUGACACGAGCUGAGACCAACGAAGAACUUGCGAAUGAUGGUGCCAUCUUCGUAGAUCGAGAUCCGAAGCACUUCCCGAUCAUCCUCAACCACUUGAGGAUGAAAGCAGAGGGCCGCGAAAUCUUCCAAAACCCAUGCAAGUGGGUCAAGGGGAAGAGCCACGCACCCAUGCUACCCAGAGACACCGCUGAUCUGCGAGACCUCCUUGUGGAGGCAGAGCAUUAUGGCCUGCCGGAGCUUCGCAUGAGGAUCCUUUCGAAGAGGAAGCUGGCGAGGCUCUUUAGCAUCAUGGCGGGUAGCUCAGGCAACCCCUUCGACAGUGCCACGCGUGUACUGAUGACGAUUCGCAACACAACUCUGCUGCUGGGAACGGGGCUUGCCAGCAGCCAGGUCAUGCUGAGCCAGCUCAAAGAAUCCAAGGACCCCAUGCAGGCCCUUGAUGUUGUGACCAACUUCACGAAGACCCGCUUCUCCGACAUCCUCUACUUUGAUCCCAGCGGAGAGCGAGUGGAAGAGGCUGCGGCGAGCAAUUUCUUCUGCAUCACUGAGGACGGUGUCUUGAAGACACCUGAGCUUGGCACCAUCCUGUCCGGGGUAACGCGCGACUCCAUCCUGCAGUUGGCCAG